AUGGGUCGAAAAUAUUAUUGUGAUUAUUGUGAUAAAAGAUUACCAGCUGGUUUAAAUCAUCGAAAAAGUCAUAAUCAAGGAAUUCAACAUAUUAAUAAUAAACGAAUUUAUUAUCUUCAAUUUCAAGAUCCUGUUGAAAUAUUAUUGAAUGAACGAACAAAAAAAAUUUGUAAUAAAUGGAAUCAAAGUCAUUCAUGUCCUUUUGGUGAUAAUUGUAAAUAUUCACAUCGAUCGAAUUAUGAACUUAUUCAAUUAAUUGAACAAGCAAAACAAAAUUUAAAUAAUCAAUUAAAUUUUGAUAUUCAUCGAUGGAUACAAAAGAAAUUACCAAGUGAAAUUCUCUUGCCUGAAUCUCUUGCUUCAUAA